CCGGAAAAGCACACAUGUAAAGAUGGUGGGAUCCUGAUACGGUACAUUCCAUACCCAUGACCCAAGAUCUUCAGCGUCAGAGUACUAACCCUCGCCAGGACAAGGCUAGUACUGAAGUAUAACUCACUCCAGAGAAUGACGGGUUACUUCGAAUAUAACCUUCCAUUCCGCGGUGUAGACACUCUGGAAUGUGCUUACCUACCCCUCGAAGUGGUGUGGCAAUGGACACAAGUCUGCCCUCCGAUGCACCAGCAUUUACCCCAUCCCCCUGCCGCCUACUUCGUGGAAAAGCUCCACGAAAAGAAGAAGGAAUGGGAGGCAACGUCUGAAUACGCGACAUUGCAAAAACUCAUCGCAUCUAAUCCGGCAUUCUCGACAGCGCGUAAAAUCUUCGGCAUUGCUCUGGGAAGCAUGCGUGACGUGAGAGAAAUACACAGACAGAAUUCGGCCGCACAAUACUGUCUCCUCCGGAGCAUGGGAGAACUUAUCGCGAAGGCCGCGAAGUCGAACGAGGUCCGCUGCUUUGCUCAAGACCCGCAGCUAACCCCUCCUGUCAUCGAGGCUCUUUCCAGAAUUGGGAUUCAGACGAUUGAUGAUCCCCAAGCAUUCUUGGACCUGGACGAUACCAGUUUCGUGAUCUCUUCCGCCCCUGUUAUCCCCGUCAAACAGAUUGUUGCCGACCUUGCGCGCCCAGUCGCUAUGAUGUGGAAUCCACCUUCAGGCGAUAAGAGGAAUUUUCUUUCGUAAGGUUCCCUCAGAUAGAUAGACAUGUGGCCCCAACAAGAGACUAGUCUAAUCACUGUAUAGAUCUGAUCCAACAUCCCCUAGAGUGGACGCCAUGCUCAAGAAUGAAUAUAUCUGCCUAGGAUUUCCAAAGUAUCAACCGUUCCAUGGGAUCGAGCUCUAUGUACGAAAGGAGAAGACAGGCGAGAACACUGCGGCGUAGGUCUGCGGAGAAGCAUUCAUCUAUCGCGUGUUGUUAGUUUGACUGAUGAUUUUCUCAAGAACUGCUUUGGUAUAAGGUUACUUCAAGCAGCGGGUAUGUACUACAAGUCAAUCGAUAUGUUAGUCGUUGCUCUUCGCAUGGUUCGUUGCGGCCCUUACUACUGGCCUUCACAGAUUUUGUUGG